AUGUCAGCCAUUGACAUGACAAUGACUUGUAUGGUCAAUACAACAGCCAUCAAUAUCCUCGAAAACAACAAAACGUCUCUGUCUAUUCUCUCACCCACAGCCAAUUACACGGGAAAAUGUAAAAACUCUGACAAUCCUGAUUAUCCAAAUAUUGAUUACGGAGGAAAACUUUUAUGGACUCAAAAAGAACAGAACCUCGUGUUUGCCGGAGCCUUUUGGGGAGCAUUUCUAUCAGUUUUGCCUUCUAUGUUCCUUCUUCAAACAUAUUCUGUUAAGAAAAUAUUAUUUGUUGCUCUACUAACGUAUACAGUCGCUAAUUCAUUCAUUCCUUUAGCUGCCAAAUUGGGUGGAUAUCAAGCAGCCUUCUUAUUGCGGUUCAUACUAGGGCUAGGAGAUGGUUUUGUCACUCCAACUAUCAACACUUUAAUAUCGAAUUGGUUCCCUGUCAGUGAGAGAGGUACAGCCUUAGCAUUGAAUGCUAUUGGAGAACAAAUUGCUGGAGUCGGUGAAUCUCCUCUUGCCGCAGUUUUUUGUAAAAGCUCGUUAGGCUGGUCUUCGGUUUUCUAUUUAGGAAGCAUAAUAUCUAUCGUAUGGUGUGUGCUAUGGGUUGUGAUAGCUUCCUCGUCACCAAACUCAUGCAAAACCAUAACAGAUGAAGAAAAAAGGUUUCUGAUAUGGACCAACGAAACGCAAAAUGAGAAAACAGGGAAGAGUUGGAAAGAUGUUCCUUUUAAAAAUAUUUUUACAUCCAUUCCCUUUUUGGCGCAACUCCAAUGUCAUUUUCUGAUGUGCUUUUCUGCAGCAUUAAUGGGAACAUACUUGCCAACAUAUCUCAAGGAAGUUUUAUUGCUUGGAGUGAUGGCUAAUGGAAUAUUUGUUUCUUUGCCCAAUUUUGUCAAUUUGGCAGCCAAAAUCAUCUGGGGCAUGUUGUUUGAUAAAUUAAAGGAGAAAGGACUACUGAGUCCAACAGCUUCUGUUAAAAUAUCUCAAGCUGUUUCAAGUUAUGGUAUGGCGCUUUCGUUCAUUGGGCUUGCAUAUCUAGUUGACUGUGAGAAACCGAUGCUUGCUCUGGUGCUCUGUUGUACCCUAUAUGCUUGCCAAGGCAUAGAAUGCAGUGGCUUUGUGACUAGUCUGUUAUCAAUAGCACCGAACUACACAUCUACAUUAUCUUCGAUAUCAUUGUUUUGUGCUCAGAUGGGUAUUGUUACAGCUCCAUAUGUGAUGACAGCUUUACAUAAUUCGAGGAAUGGAGGUUGGAGCAUAAUGUUCCUAACAGGUGCUGGGGCUUGUAGUAUUUCUGGAACAAUCUUCAUACUGUUCGGUUCAGGAGAAACUCAACCAUGGGCCAGAAGAGAUAAAAACCAGCUGACGAUGUUGAAUGACUAG